UACUGCUUGUUUCUGGUCGCUUGACACUGCGUGUGAAACGAUAAUGGGCGCUGGAGUUGGCUUUAGGACCUCGCGGAGCGUUUCAAUGUAGCACAUGGUCCCCACUCAUAAGACAACACUUCUCUUUAGUUAAUUGCCGUGGAAUUUAUGUCAUACCUGUGGGCGACUGAGACAGCAGCGGCUUCUGUAUUUGUUAAUGUUUUCAACGCUCGUUCUUUAGUUCCUCCACAUUUCUCACUUUUUGCGCGAGGCAGCUUUUGACUUGGACAUCUCUGAAUGGGGAAAGUGCGCGGAGCUGAAUCAGCUGUCGUCGGGAUUUCCUAAGGCACUCAUAUACUUGAUCAUAUUUCAGGAAGUGGUUUUAUUUUGGGGGGAUCUUGCACAUCAGCUGUUGGUAGACUUAUUGUAUGAUGGUUGCGCUGCAGUGAAACAGUCCCGUCACACUGCAGCAUCAUGAAUCCCGGGAGUCUGAAGUUUGUUAUUUUGACAGCACUUCAGGCUUUAUCUGUCUCGAUAUCGGUGUGUGACAGCGUGCUGUCCAGGUCUGCUGAAGGGAAUCAUUUGAGCACGCCUCUUCUACACAGACCAACAGCAAAGCAGAAACACUAUGGGACUACAGUACCUCUUCAGCUUGUUGGACAAGACUGGAAACCAAUCAGCCAGCUCAAAUCCCAGAGUCACCCUGCAUCAUUGAAGCUCCUGAUUGUAACGGAAGGUAAACAGCUGCUCUUGGCUCUGGAGAAAAACGAGGGGCUGUUUGCAAGUAAUUAUACAGAAACUCAUUACCUGGAAGAUGGCAGUGCGGUCACAGGCUCUCACAACUUCACGGCAAACUGCUACUACCACGGUGAGGUGGAGGGUCAUGUCAACUCGGACGUCAGCCUCAGUACCUGUGCUGGUGUUAAGGGUUUUAUAUCUUUUGAAGGCAAAUCCUAUGUACUGGAACCAUCUUCUGAUCACUCUGAUGGGACUCACUGGAUCUACAGAGCCGAACACCUCAAUUUUGCUCCUGGCACCUGUGGCCAUGAUUUCAACAUAUCCUAUCCCACCGAACAUGCAGACAGCGGCCCGUUCCAGACUUUCAGCACAAGGCAUAAACGCCACGCCCAGUCGACGACCAAGUAUGUGGAGCUGAUUAUUGUGGCUGACAACAGAGAGUUUCAGAAGCAGGGCAAGGACAUGGAGAAGGUCAAGCAGCGGCUGGCUGAGAUCGCCAAUUACGUGGACAAGUUCUACAGGGCUCUUAAUAUCCGUGUGGCCCUGGUGGGCCUGGAGGUGUGGAGUGAUUUGGACAAGUGUCCCGUCACCCAGGACCCGUUCACCACCUUGCAUGAGUUCCUUGACUGGAGGAAGGUCAGACUUCUGCCUCAGAAGCCUCAUGACAACGCUCAGCUUAUCAGUGGGGUCUAUUUCCAGGGCACCACCAUUGGGAUGGCACCCAUCAUGAGUAUGUGCACAGCAGAGCAGUCGGGAGGAAUUGUCAUGGACCAUUCGGACAACCCCCUGGGCGCUGCGGUCACUCUGGCCCAUGAGCUCGGACACAACUUUGGAAUGAACCAUGACACGCCAGAAAGGGGGUGUGGGUGCAGGGUGACAGUGGAUCGUGGAGGCUGCAUCAUGACUCCCUCCACCGGGUAUCCGUUCCCCACAGUGUUCAGCAGCUGCAGCAAGAAGGACCUUACAGCCAGUUUUGAAAAAGGCGUCGGAAUGUGUCUAUUCAACAUGCCUGAGGUCAAGGUCCUCUAUGGUGGGCAGAAAUGUGGCAACGGCUACGUAGAGGAGGGAGAGGAGUGUGACUGCGGAGAACUUGAGAGGGACUCCUCCGCCUCCUUUGGCCCCCGGGGACCAUGGGAAAGGCCCUUAAUGGUUUUCAGGCUGAAAGAAGUUCUGGAAGGCCUAUCAUGUCAGCAGUGUCCCCUGCCAGCUCCAUCUAUCUACAUCCUUUUCAACUCUUACUGCACUCAGCUGUACAGUAUGUUCAGACCGCGGCUUAAUGGCAAGAGGGAGAGAACUGACCCUCAGGGGUCCAGUGAACCUGCCCAUGAAUGUAUGAAUCCCUGCUGCAAUGCUACUACCUGCACCCUGAAGGGGGAUGCUGUUUGUGCACACGGACAGUGCUGCCAGGACUGUCAGCUGAAGCCAGCAGGCACUCCCUGCCGUGAAUCCAGUAACUCUUGUGAUCUGCCUGAGUUCUGCACCGGUAGCAGCCCUCACUGCCCCGCCAACGUCUACCUGCAUGACGGCCACGCCUGCCACAACAAGGACGGCUACUGUUAUAACGGCAUCUGUCAGACUCACGAGCAGCAGUGCAUCACAUUGUGGGGCCAAGGAGCAAAGCCAGCUCCAGGCAUCUGCUUUGAAAGGGUCAACUCAGCAGGAGACCCCUAUGGCAACUGUGGCAAGGACUCCAAAGGCUCCUUUGCCAAAUGUGAUGCACAAGAUGCUAAAUGUGGCAAAAUCCAGUGUCAAGGAGGAGCUAACCGCCCAGUAAUUGGUACCAACGCUGUUUCCAUAGAAACAAACAUCCCCAUGCAGGAAGGGGGAAGGAUACUGUGCAGAGGUACACAUGUCUACUUGGGUGAUGACAUGCCCGACCCCGGCCUGGUCCUGACGGGGACCAAGUGUGGAGAUGGAAUGAUGUGUCUGAAUCGUCAGUGCCAGAACGUCAGUGUUUUUGGUGUGUAUGAGUGCUCAGCCAAGUGCAGCGGUCGAGGGGUGUGCAACAACAACAAAAACUGUCACUGUGAGGCUCACUGGGCGCCUCCAUUCUGUGACAAGGCAGGUUUUGGAGGAAGUGCGGACAGUGGCCCCAUCAGAUUAGCCGACAGCGGGAAUCUAACAGUGGGCAUCCUGGUGGCUCUCCUCACUGCCCUGGGAGCUGGUCUAAUCAUCUGCAUCAAGAGAAAAACUCUACUGGGUCUGCUCUUCACCAGUAAAAAGAACCCAAUUGAGAAGCUCAGAUCAGUAAGCGCUGCAAUCAGCGGACCAUCCGCUCCUACCCAGCCUCCAUCAGUGAGCACCAUGUCUCCAUCUCGACCAGCACCACCUCUGCCACACAGCUCUACAAUCUUCAAGCCUCCUCACCGGGGCCCAGAGACUGUGCUCCCACCGGCCCCCUACCCCUCCCACAGCCUGCACAGACUGCCCCAGUGCCCUCCAGUUCACCUCAGCCACCCUGUCCCUCUGACUCUGACCCUGUCUCUCUCCCCUGGCCCUGGGCAGCCAAGACCCCCGGUUCCUCCACCUCACAUUCAUGUGGCACAGAGGGGCGCGUCAUUUCGCAGUGUGUCACGCCAUAACUCCUGCAGGAUGGUCAUGGAGUUCGAGAAGCCCAGUCCUCCUCAGAAACCCCUUCCUGCUGAUCCAAGGAGCUCUCGUCUGGUUCGCAGUCCAUCUGAAGUGCAGGGCCACAAUGUAGUCCAAGGGCCCUCUGCUGUUUGUAGCCCUGCACCAGUACCUGGUGUAACCAGACCAAUGCGCCCUAUCCCACGUCCCAACAGACCCAGUCCCAAGCAACCCCCAACACUACCAAAGCCUUGCAUAAUUGCCAACGUCAAAUACAGCAGCUGAGACUUUGGCCAGAAGGGACAUUGUUGUGAUAAGACACUAAAGAAUUUGCACUAUGAAAACUCUGAAAACCUUAAAAAGAUGGUGGCUUCUCUGAGUUUUUAAUCAGGAAAUCUGCCGUGUCCCUUUGGUGCUCUGUCUCUGAAUGGUGCUACGAGUCUGAGCUCAGGUACAUGUAAAGUAUUUAUAUUCUGUAUUUAUUGCCACGCAGUGCACUGUGCUAGACACUUUUACUACACGGUAGCAAUUUAGAAUUUUUAAUUUGGUGUUUGCGACAGUUUCAAAAUAGUAGUUUUUCAUAGAAUCUGAUUUUUAAGGAGAGUGGCAGGAGAUUUAGAAAGAAAAAAGCCAAUCUGUGAAAUUCUGAUUGCAGAAAUGUUGUUAUGAAAUGUGUUUUGAUGAAGGGAAUCCUUUACAUUAUGGUUUUGUUCUGUAUGCUACAGGAAGAAUUGAAAAAGAGUAUUGUGCAAUGACAGAUGAGAACAGAGAAAACUUCAAACAACACUUAGUAUUUCAUUUAGAAACAAGUGAGUUUUUUGUUGAAGGGUAAUGCUCUCUGUAGCAACUUUGAGCCAAUCUGACAAGGCUUGAAACAACCACCAAAAAAGAAAAAGUGGUAUUGCUGCAACAGUUCUGCAAUGUGCUCUGCAAUUGGGAAAGAGGGGCUGUUGUUUUCACAGACAGCUGAAAUUCAGGUAUGGUGCCUCUGCAUUUAUAUAUCAGAAAGGUAACAGUUUGAAUUGUGAAAUGUCAUUGUCGUUUCCUUUUUCAUUAACAAGCCCCAAGAAUCUCACUUGAGGGAUCUGGGUACUGAUGUAUGAACUGAACAUGGAUCUAAAAUGAGCUGACACCAAGGAAGCAUUCAUCCCUCAGAGAGGGUAAACGUCUCUGAAAUAAUCCUCUGCUAAAGGUCAUGUGUGUUUUUGAGUUUUUCCCCUCUGUGCCUGUCUACACCAAGGACUAUGUGUGAAACUCUGUAAUUAAAUUAUGGAAUCACUAAGGACUUUCUUAAAGUUGUGGCCAUACAGGCGUCAUGGAGGCACUCACAUGUAAACAGCCAGUGUCUGGCUAUAGUGUCCAUGUGUAGAUUUUAAAUCAUGUUUUUCUGUGAUGGGAAAUGGCCGUUUCGGUUGACACGGACACGUCUGCCACCGAAAUGAAGUUUAGUGGUUACUCAGUGUACAUUGAGCCACCAGUAACUGUGGCAGUUAUUCAUUUUCUAUUUUUGUACCUUUUUAAUUUGGCUAUUGAGAUUUGUUUUUUUUAAAGCCAAUCUACAUGUCAGAUACAAAAUCCUGCAUAAAUCGGAUUUGUGGUAAUUGAACAGUGUUAUAUUGUUUUUUGUAGAAUUAUUGCUUUACUGGAUUGCAAUGCAGUGUAUAUACAUUCACACUGAGCAACAUUUCCUUUAAGCACAGCUCUUGUUCACAAAUAUGUAGGCUGAGAACUGACUUUAAACUUUUGUUACUUUUGAUACUGUUAUCUUUUUAAUAACACAAUAGUUUAAAAUUCAUUGCUUUGUUUAUUUUGCUUUGUCAAUGCUAUGUGUCCAUGUACUAAUAGACAGUAUUUGAGUCCAGUCACCUGACUGUAUGUUAUGUCCUUGUGUUACUCAUAUGUUGUGUUACAGGUGAACACAUUUCCAUGGAGAAUGCUUUUAAAUAAUGAUUGUUUGAUACGUUAUAUGUAAAGAAAACAUUUAAAGUGUCAAUGUCGGGUCAUUGUAUUUUGAACACUCAAGCAGUAGUAGUAAAACUGUUUUUCAAACACUGAA